UUCGGCAAUCUUCGAGCGCAGAGUCCAAACAGAGGCUUAAAACCAUGCAGAGGGCUGCCCUCAAUGGCGUUGAUGCAAUUGAGGAAGUAACAAAGCUAAAAUGUAGAUGUAAAUGACACCAAGAAAGAUUUAAAAGGGAAAACUGACUUGCAAGGUAUCCACAAUGGCUGGUAAUGUUCAGAAGAUUCUAGCUUCUUCAUUGAGUUGUGUCCUGCAGGAGACCAAUGUCCUUGGUGACCAUGACAUUGAGCUAAAAGUUGCAGUCCACGUAGAAGAGGAUCAGAAACCAUCUUUUAUAGAUUUGGUCAAGACAGGAAUAAUCAAGUGCAGUAACUUUGGUGUGGGUGUCAUCCAAAGGAAUGUCUGUAAUGGCUGUAGUUCAUGUGGAAAAGACCUUAUCUGCCUCGAUCGACAACUUGAGCUGGUGUUUAGUGUCAUUGAGAAAAAGAAUCUCUGUUACAACUGCCAUGCAGAUGCACCUAAUACUGAACAAAAAAGGAAACGUGGAAGACCAAGGAAGAAAUUGAAGCUAACGGAGGAACAUAAAGUAGAUGGAAGUAUUGAUCUAUCUGAGAAAGAUGAAACAUUGCAUAGAGCAUCUGAUCUGCCAGAGAAAGACCAACCGUUGCACAGAUCAUCUGAUCUGCCCGAGAAAGACCAAACAUUGCAUAGCUCAUCUGAUCUGCCUGAGAAAGAUGAAAUGUUGCAUACAUCAUCUGAGCUACCUGAGAAAGACGAAACAUUGCCCAGAUCAUCCGAUUUGCCGGAGAAAACCGAAACAUUGCAGAGUUCAUAUGACACUCUGUGUCCACUUGACCAUAUAAAGUUGAUGCCAAAGAUUGUACUUACAAGAAUUGAUGAUAUUGAUAUAAAACCGUUGGAUACAGGACCUGCUCUUGAAACACCAGGGCCACCUCAUGAGGAAGUAUCAACACCAUGUGUUGGUACAACUCAGAGAAGUGAUGCUGUAGAAUCUGAUGUAGUGACACCACCAGCAGCAUCCUUCACUUCUCCAGUUGCAAUUUCUACUCCUUCCAGUAGUAUCAGAAGAUCAUCUCGAACUACCAAGAGUAGGUUCAGGAGGACUGCAGUUAACGGGCAAACGACAGAGGAUACAAAACCUGGAAAUCUUGAUGCUGCUAAUCAGGCAGAUCCAUCAGUUACUACACCAAAGGUAGGAGGCAAAACUAAAAAGGUUUCAACUCCCUCUGGGAAGAGGCCGGGAAGGAAACCUGCAUAUAAAGAUCAUGAUAGUCCACAAGUCUCACCACCUUUGAAGAGAAAGAAGGAAGCUGGUUUUGAGGAAGAUAUUUCAGUUCAUUAUGAAAGUGGAGAUGAGGCAAUUCUUGAUAAUUCAGUAAAUGAUCCAGAUUUUGAUAUUUCAACCCUGUCUGAAGAUGUGGCAGACCAUGAAAUUGAGACUGUUUCUGGGUACAAGAGUGUUGCAGUUGAGACUACUGUCCUAAAGAAGACUACCAACAAGGAAGUAAUAAGUGAUAAAGCUAAGUCGCCAGUUAAGCUUGAAAAUGCAGAUAAAGAAACCAGAAACUCACACAGCAGAAGUCCAGCCUCUGCUGGAAUUGUACAUGUUCCUGUGCCAGUCACACCUGGGUGUUCAGCCAAAGUACUUCAAGAAGAAUAUGCUUGCCUUGUUUGCCAUAAAAGUUUCCCAAUGAAACGGUACCUUAUGCGUCACAUCAACAAGGCAGGCACAGAGCGGGUGCAGUGUGAUAUCUGUGCAGCUGGCUUUCACAAUCAAGCUGAUGUUGAGCAGCAUAAAUUAGCCCAUUCAGGAAUUCAUCCAUAUGUCUGUGAAGUAUGUCAUAAAAGCUUCCCAAAUCCAUCAACCGCCAACAAACAUGUGAAGACUCACCUGGCUCCUCAUGAAAGGCCAUUUAUUUGUAUGAAAUGUGGGAAAGGAUUUACAGAGCAGCAUUCACUCCGAGAACAUUCCUACAUCCAUGCUGAGCAUCGUCCCUAUGCAUGUGAUCAGUGUGAUUCCAAAUUUGGUGCUCGGUAUCUUCUCAACGCACACAUGAAGUAUCACAGUACGAAAAAGUACCGAUGCUAUACUUGCAACAGGAUGUACAAGGUGUAUGCAAGCCUCAUGGAACACAUUCAUGUCCAUAAGGGCCACUACACUGAGGAUACAGCAGAGCCAAUUCAAAAAGCACCAAGAGAUCCUAAGCCAUUGGAUAGGAGUAAGGAAGAAUUGCGAGAGGAGAAGAAAAGAAGGACCUACCUUAAGCAUAAGAUCAAAGCUGAGAAAUCGAUGAGGGAGUCAUUGGGAUUGAAAAGCGAGGAUGUUAGUGUUGGCGUGGAAACUGUUGCAAAUGAUUCUGCGAUUGGAAAAAUUAAUCUGCCUAAAAUUACUCUGGGUUUGUUUGAGAAAGAGUGUCUUGAUCUUGUUGUUUGUGAGGGGCUUGAGAAUGGCGGUCAUCAAGACAUAGAUGAAGAACAUGUUGAAGAGGAGGAACAUGCAGAUGAUGAAAAAGCUGAAACAGAGGACACACAGAAAACUGCUUAUACCACUUGUAAAGUGAAAAAUGUCAAAAUGAAAGGAAGUCAGUUAAAAUAUGGUUGCAAAAUUUGCUUCCGCAAAUACCUUUCUAAUGUGACCCUAGUCAAACACUAUCAGAAAUAUGGAAAAGUGUGUUUCCCAUGCAAACAAUGCAACGCCAAGUUCCACUCAAAGGAGAAUCGGGAACAGCAUAAACUGCUUCAUGAUGGAAAAAAUCCAUUUCAGUGCAGAAUUUGCUUUAAGAGUUUUAAAUGCAUGUCCAGUUGCAAAAAGCACACCAGUACACACUUGCCCACCACCAGGCGGCCAUUCACCUGUGAUAUUUGUGGGAAGGGGUACAUCAAUAACAAUGAGCUGGAAUACCACAAAUGGACUCACAACCAAACUGGGUCGAACAAAUGCACAGUUUGUCAGAAAUUAUUUCGGACACGCUCACUCCUGAAGAGACACAUGAACAGUCACAAGGGUAGGACUUACAAAUGUGAAUCGUGUGACAAGGAGUACAAGUAUCCCAGCAGUCUGAGAGACCAUCUUAUCAAGUUCAAACAUUCAAGUCGGGAUGUCGUUACCAAGGUCAAGUCAGAAAAACUUCUCAACAAAAAUACGGGAAAGAAACAGGACAAGGAAACAGCCAUGUGUGAUGUUUGUGGUCUGACAUUCGACAACAUCUUCUCUCUCAGAGGCCACAUAAGGAGUCACAAGAAGGAGGAGACAACCGCCCAGUCAGAUGAUUUGAGAGAAUUUGCUUAUAAGAAGCAUGUUGAAAGGAUAGCAGCACAGAAGGAAAGAAUGAAAGCCUCCACAAGGAGAAGUGGCCUGUUCAGCUGUGAUCAGUGUGACAAGGUAUUCACACUGCAACAUUCCCUAAGACGACACACGAUUAUGAAACACAGCAUCUGUAAACAUGAGUGCACUGUAUGCAAAAAACGCUUUUUCGUACCAAGUGAGUUGAAAAGACAUAUGAUCAGACAUGAAGGAGAGAGAACAUUCCAAUGCAACCUUUGUCCUCAAGCCUUUUAUCAUGAUUUUGGUCUGAGAAGGCAUUUGAAGGUGCACAUUUCAAAAGAAAAGCUGGCCUAUGGAUGUGAGUUGUGUGAGAAGAGAUUUGCUGAGGCAUGUUAUCUCCGAGAACACAUGAUGAAACACACUGGCGAGAGACCUUUUCAGUGUGACAUGUGUGACAAAGGAUUUGUCUCAAAUAGCUUGUUGAAGAAACAUAAGCUGUGUCAUGGACCUAAGACUCAUGGGUGUACAGUAUGUGGGAGAUUCUUCUCUCAGGUCAGUAGCCUGAAUACCCAUAUGCAGACGCAUGAAGCUGUGAAGCAAGUUUACCUCUGUGAUGACUGUGGAAAGUCUUUCAACAGCAAGUCGGGGCUGAACAGACAUAAGGUGAAGCACACUGGUAUCAGAAAACAUAAAUGUCAGCAUCCAGGCUGUGAGCGGGCGUUCUUCUUCAAUGCCGAGCUCAAGAUCCAUGAAUUGUGCCAUGGAGACUUGAAGCCAUUCCAGUGUGAAACCUGUGGGAAAUCUUUCAAAUUCAGGACCUCCUUCAAGAACCAUAUCCAGUACCACAGUAAGACCAAAAACUAUAAAUGUAGUAUAUGCGAGAAGGGAUUCUAUCUUGAGAACAAGUACAAGCACCACAUGGAACGUCACCUUGGAGAGCGCAAUUUGAAAUGCGAAACCUGCGGUAAAUGUUUCAUCAGAAAAUCUGACUUGGUGUACCAUCAGAAGCAGCAUAAGGGCAAAUUUAAAUGUCAGGAAUGUGAAAAGGUGUUCUCGUUGGAAACGCGGUUGAAGAGUCAUAUGAAAGUACAUGAAGGACCAGAAAAAGUAAAAUGCCCUCGAUGUGGAAUAUACUUCCGAGAUAUUAUGUUCUUGCAAACUACUCACUUAAGAGAGUGUGAUAAUAAGAAAUGUUGCCGAUUUUGUGGUCGAAAGUUUAAACGUGUUCGCUAUCUGCAAAGCCACAUUGGAGUUCAUACUGGAAAGCGUCCAUUUGAAUGUAAGGUGUGUGGUCGGGCAUAUGGUAAAGAAGAGCAUUUGAGGGCCCAUCAAGACGAACAUGAGAGGAAGAAAUAUGCUUGUAACCUCUGUGAAAAACGCUUUGAUCGGAAAUGUGAUGUAAGAAAGCAUGAGGAGUACCAUAGGAAGAAAGAGAGAGAGAAUGAAAUGGUGGAGGCAUUGAAGAAAGACUUGGCAGAAUCAUCCAGUCAUCAAAUUGCCACACAAACAUCAAUAGAUCACUCAUCUUUCCUGGAUGAAGUGUUUGCCUGCCAAAAGAUUAAAUCCGAGGAACAAAGGCGGGAUAUUUUGGCGGAAGCAACUGCAAGCAUCAGUGAGAUGAACGAGUGUGAUGUUCAGGUGGUGCAGGAUAUGACUGAAGUACAGUUUAUACAGGGAGACAUUGGGGCGUACACUCAGGUGGUACAUCUGGACGGACACUCAUACAUACAGGAGUCUGCUUUACCGUCAGUCAGCUCUGAGCAGGUCAUACUCACCACCAUCGAUACAAGUCAGCUUCAAGUUAGUGGCGGGGAGAAUGAAAUCAUUAUGGUGGCCAUGAUACCAGAAACACAGUGGAGAACAUUUCUUAUAAUGAGUGUCAUGAAAGAAAAUGAUGACUGUAUGAAGACAUUGGUAUCAGCUUUGCAAUGUACACUUGUGAAAGCACACAUUGUUGGUCCAGAAGACCUUGACCUUAACUUCAAGGUGAAGGUUGGUAGUGGAGAUGCAGAUAGUUUUAUGGAUCUUGUUGGAAAAACGGGCCUACCAACCGUUAACACCAGUGGUAAGAUAGUGAUGGAUUCUAUCAAAUGUGAGUGUUGUCGUAAAUUCUUCAAAAAGGUUGUCACUCUGAAGUUUGUUUUUAGCGACAGCAGUGAAAAUACCUGCAAAGACUGUGGUCCAGUGAGACGCAGUACUAGAAGAAGAACCAAAAAGUUAUAUGGUGAGAGGAAUAGCAUUGAAGUAAAUGCUCAAAGAGAUCAAGAAACAUCUUUUAUUCAAGAUGAAACAAGACAGAUUAAAAACCCUCCUGAAGAUUCAGAUGCGGAAUCAUUUAGUGACGCCCUCAAUGAAAACAGUUUACCUGAAGAUACAGCUGCCCCUCAUACAUUCAAAGACAUUAUAUGUGAAAUUUGUGGUGGGUCAUUUGGCGAUGACGCUGUAUUUAUCACUCAUCUCAUGAAGCACUCCGGUACCAACUCCUGCAAGUGUGCAGUAUGUGGGGGCAAGUUUUCAAGCAAGUAUGUCCUCAAGAAACACUUGAAGAGACAUAUUCCUGAAGAACAGAGGGCAUACAAGUGUGAUAUCUGCAAAAAAGGCUUCACAGAAGCCUUUUGCUACAGAGAACAUGUCAAGAAUCAUGCUCAAGUAAAGCCUUUCAAGUGCAGGGAAUGCCAGAAGAGCUACUCCAGUUCAACAGCACUACGGCGACAUAUUCGUGAACAUGCAGUGGUGAAGGGUAGCAAGAAAACAAAGAUGGACAUUUUGGGCGAACAGACAGGGCAAGGAGAAAGUUUUACUGACAUAAUAAAAGUUGAAGAGGUGUCCCCAACACUUUCAAAAGUUGAAAAGACGUCAGAACAAGAACCAGAAACGAAAACUUUGAGUGAUGAUUGUGAUGAUGAUGAUUUUGGUGAUGAUGAGGAUGUGAACAUUGACUGUGAACAUGGUGAAGGAGAAGAUAACUCACUUAGUCAUCAGGGCAGCUACAGAAGUGAAUCUGAAAUUUCAAAUGAUAGUGCCCUUGAUGAAAAUCAGGAAAACAGGACACUGCCAAAGAAAAAACAGUAUAAAUGUGACAUAUGUGGAAAAUCAUUUCAAGUCCACUCAGUGUUCCUGAGACAUAAGAAAUUCCAUAAAGCCGACCAAGAGGCAAACUUCAAGUGCAGAAUCUGUUCCAAAGCUUUUGUAUCCGAGGUGCUCCUGGAGAAACACCAGAAACGCCACUCUGAUGACCGUCCUUUUCCUUGUGAUGUUUGUGGCAAAUCUUUCUUCAGCAGACAAGUCAUGGAAAAGCAUUCCAGCCAGCAUAUUCCUCGAGACAGCUGGGAGUAUGAAUGUGAAGUCUGUAAGAAGAAGUUUUCCCACAUUUCCUACUUCCGUGAUCACAAGUGGACCCAUGAGACACAGAAGCCUCACAAGUGUGACAAGUGUGGCAACAGAUACGCCAAUAGUCAGUCCUUACGAAGACACAUCAUGUCUCACAGCACUGGGGUGCACAAGUGCAGUGAGUGCAGCCAACGAUUUGUCUUUGCUCAUCGACUUAAGGAACACAUGUACAAUCAUAACGGCAUCCUGCCCUUCAGCUGUGACAUUUGUGGCAAAGGAUUCAAGUCGUACCAAGUUUUUAAGAAACAUUCUAGAACUCAUGUGACAGUUAAACCAUUGGGCUGUGAGAAUUGUUCAAAAAGGUUCUAUACAAGAAAUGAUCUUGAUAUUCAUAUGAGAAUUCAUUCUGGUGAACGUCCUUUUCAGUGUGAUGUCUGUGGCAGGACCUACACAACUAAAAACACACUUCAGCAUCAUGCAGUGACUCAUACUGAGGAAUACAAUGUCCUGAAAGCUUGUAAAGUUUGUGGAAAAGAAUUUAGAGGUGAUCGGGCACUCAUUCGUCACGUCCAGACUCAUAAGCCAGAGAAGAAGUUUGUCUGUGAACAGUGUGGUAAGAGGUUUCCAAAUUCCAAGUCGUUAUGGUCGCAUAAUCAAACUCAUAAAGGCUACAAGCCUCAUUCUUGUAAAUAUUGUGGUAAAAAGUUCCGUAGUAACACCCACUGCAGAAACCACAUGAAAACACAUACAGGAGAAGAUCUUGUUCAAUGUAAUCUGUGUAACGACUGGUUCACUGAUAUCAAAUAUCUUCAGAAGGUGCAUCCAAAAUUUUGCAAGAGCAGAAAAGUCUAUUGCAAUGUCUGUGGGUUGGGUUUUCCCCACAACCAAGCGCUCCAAAGUCACAUGGGACUACAUACCGGAGAAAGACCUCAUGGUUGUGACACAUGUGGACGUGCCUUUGCAAAGGAAUCCUCCCUAAAUGAACACAAGAAGCGUCAUCUCGAGGCUAAGUCUCACCUGUGUAAAACAUGUGGUAAGGGUUUUAAUCGUCCGGCUGAUCUCAGGAAGCAUGAAAACCGACACAGAGGGCCGAUGAAGGCAGCACUGCCCAACAAUAUGAAGCCUGGUUAUCCUGAUCAGAAACUGAUGGAAUCAGGAACAUCGAGUGAGUUCCUAACUCUGUCCGGGCCUGAUACGGUUAUUGAAGAGGUUCAGGACAUCACUGAUGUUGGCCAUUUUCCUACAGAAUCUAAUACUAUUGUCCUGGCAACUAUUGAUCAAAGUCAGAUUGGUCCAUCACAGCAUGGCCAGUAUAACACUACCCAAAUGCAGUACAGUGGGGUACCAGAGGUUGAUGUGGCCCAUUAUCAGGACAGCCAGCAGAACUUGCAGCAGCAGCAGCAGGACCAUGGACAGAUAGCUGCUGACCAGAAUGUCAUCAUGCUGGCCGUUGUUCAGAACAUAAUUUGGUGUUUAAAGUAUGGCGUCUCUAUGUCAAAAAUACAAAACCAACUGAGACCUGCUCUGAAGAUGGAGGUGUCCUUUACUGACAGCGACACUGGAGAUGAUGAGUCCAUUUUAGGGGUAGAAGAUGACAACAGAGAGAACCAGUCUGAAACAGCCAGUGUCCUAGUCAACCAGCUAGCUGACAGUCUACAGGUGAUGGAGGCAGCUUUUAUGUGUCAUGUCAUCAAGACAAAUGUUGUCAAUGAACAAGACAUUGAUCUCCAGAUCCGAGUCCAUAUUGAAAACAAUGACAUGACACCUCAUUUCAUGGAUAUGCUGAAGACGGGUAUGAUCCAAUGUAAGAGCUCUUACUGUAAGGUUCACAAGGUGGCUGGGAACUGUACAACAUGCAGUAAACAUGUUCCUCAAAAUGCAGGGGAAAUAAAUAUGAUCUUUGAAUUGAGUGAUAAAAGUCCAUGUGAGCAUUGUGUACCAGGGACUGCUGUUGGUGAGAAGCUGCAGUGUGAUGCAGUCAGCGCUGUCAUGGAUGCAGCACCGGAGGAGGACAGGGCGGGAGGAAACACAGAUGAAGUAGAAGGACAAAGAAGAGGGGUGACCAGGAGGAGGAAACAAACAAUCAAAAUGGCAGAGAUGUUAGAUGCAGAUUCAGAUGUCCGAGAGGAUGAUGAGGAUGAGGAUAAUAAAGAUGAAGCUGAUUGGCAGAGAAAGGAGGACAUGAAACCCAUGACUAGAAGAAACACCUCAAGGCCAACGUCGACUCCUGCAGUGAAGACUAAGCCUGCUACUAGGCCGCAAAAAAUUAAAAAGGUUUUGAAACUGAAGUCAGUUAAAAACAUGGAAGUUUGCCCAGCUGAAUCGGAUGACAAGAGUUCCAUGUUCAAGGAAGUUGUGAAGAAAACUAGAAGAUCCAAAACCAAGAAGUUUGAAUGUAAUGUUUGUGGUAAAAGUUUUGGGGCAAAGAACGGAAUUCUCCAACAUAUCAAAACUCAUGAAGUACUUCCCAUUAAUAAACAGUUGACUGAUAAUUUGGUCGAAGCUGAUAAUAUUGUGAAAAGUGAAAAUAAGGUGAGGACAGAUGUGACGUGUGAAAAUACGCCAGCAAGUGAAAAUGAAGUCGUGAGUGAAAAUGAAGGUUCGAAGGGUAAAAACAAUGAAGGAACUCAAACAGAUACUAAGAGGAAAAGAAGUGUGAGUGAUCUCCGCCCUUACAAGUGUGCUGUAUGUGGAAAGACGUAUCAGAUGCUGAAAACCCUCAAAAGUCAUGAGCGCGUUCACAGCGACAGCACUGAGUACGAAUGCAAUGUUUGUGGCAAAGGUUUCCACAUCCCAAGUCGACUCAAAUACCACAUGAGAAUACACACAGGGGAACGGCCUUUCCAGUGCACGAUAUGUGGCAAUGCGUUCGUGAGGAAUGGUCACCUGACCCAUCACAUGAAGACACACGAAGCGGACCGACCAUACAAGUGUCCAGUGUGUGGUAAAGGCUUCACUGAAGUGUGUUAUCUGAAGGUACAUGAACGCAACCACACUGGAGAGAAACCGUACCAAUGUGAUAAGUGCGGCAAAUGUUUCACCAACUCUUCAUCGUUUCACAUCCACCAACGUGUACAUAGCAGCAAGGCUGUUAAGUGUGAUACCUGCGGUAAGGAAUUCCACUCAGAAAAAACUCUGACACAGCACCAAGGAAUCCAUUCUGGCGUCCGACCAUAUGUCUGUGACUUCUGUGGUAAAGGCUGUCUUACAUUGUCCCGAUUGAACCGCCAUAAGCGGACUCACUCUGGCGACAAGCCCCACAAGUGUACGAACUGUGACAAAAGGUUCUUUGACGCAAGUGACCUCAAACUCCAUCUGAGAAUCCACACCGGGGAGAAACCGUUUAAAUGUGACGUGUGUAAUAAGAAGUUUACGCUGAAGGAAUCCCUGAAUCGUCAUGUGGUCGUGCAUAUAGAUGAUCGGCCACACAAAUGUAAUGAGUGUGGGAAAGGUUUCGCAACUGCUAGGCAGCUAAGUAAGCACACCAACAUUCAUUUUGGGACAAAGAAGUUCAUCUGUGAGCUGUGUGGAAAGUCAUUCUUGACAUCAAAUGCUUUGAAGUCGCAUAACCAGACCCAUGCAGGGUACCGGCCACACAAGUGUGACAUCUGUGGCCGCAUGUAUCGCAGUUCCUGGUAUCUUCAGGUUCAUCGUAAGACCCACACCGGGGAGAACCUGAUCCAGUGUCACACGUGUGGAGACUGGUUCGUCAAUCCGUCCUACUUCAAACUCCACCAGCAAAAGCACUGCAAGGGGAGACUACUCUACUGCAACGUCUGCAAACACGGCUUCUCCAACAACCAUGCCCUCCAGAGCCAUAUGGGCAUCCACACAGGCGAACGCCCUUUCGGUUGUGAUAUUUGCGGAAAAGCUUUUGCGAAAGCUACGUUGCGCCAGGAUCAUGUGAGACGCCAUUCGGAGCAGAUGGUUCAUAAAUGCAGCUUUUGCGGCAAAGGGUUCAAGAGAACCAAUGAUCGAAAGAAGCAUGAACUUCGUCAUGAAAGAAAGAUGAGAAAACUCCAUCUUCCUGACAGACUAAAACCUGGCCACAAGGACAACGUUUCUGUCCAACAAGAAAGAGACAUCCUGCAAGAAGCAACCGAGAGCAUCCGAGAUGUUGAAAGCUCAUCCGUGAUGGACGUUGACAUGGGGGAGGUUGAAGAACCUCAUGUUAUGACGGAACACGUUGUGCUCACAACAAUAGACUCCAGCCAGAUCUCAGAGCAGCAGGAUCUGCAGGUAGCUGAGGACAAGGAGACACCCACACAAAGAAUGAUGGUGGCAGUCGAUCACUCGUAUUACUCAGACCACAACGUCCCCAUGGUCUCGGAUCAUGGCCUGUCCGGUUCGGGAGGAAUUCCCAUCCACACUCUGGCCUCGGACCCAAGCCCAAUGUUCGGCACGGGUAACCAAGCAGGAUUGCAGGUGGUGUCCGGCCAGCAUGCUCUGUCACAGGUUCCAGGGCAGCAUGGCUUGGUGGUUGGACAAGGGAGUCUGCAGGCUCUCACUCCCUUGCAGCCGACGGCCCUGCCUCAUCCCAGCCACCAGGGGAUGGUGUCUCAUCCGGAUCAACGUCUUCCUCCCAACAUCGGACACAACCCGUCUCUUCCACAUCCAAUGUCAGCACAUUCCUGGAUGUACUGAGGUCACAGUUCCUCCCUCAAACCCCCCUCCCUACCUCUCCCAUUCAGCUCCCCUCUGUGGUGAUGCCAGGUUGGAAUAAUUCCCCAGCAACUUAACCCGGUUGUAGGAGACGACUUAAAGGUGUCUUGGUUGUCUUGGUCAUUGUACUCUGAUUAUUUACAAGCCACCAUCAUAUAGCUGGAAUAUUGCAGAACAACAAACCAAACUCCUUGAGUAAUAAUAAUAAUAAGGAUAAUAACUGCAUUUUUAAGAUAACCCUACGUAGAUGCUGUAUCACAGUGCAGAGAACAUGAUCAAAUGAUGGUAUUUGGCUUGUUUUGUCAUCUUGCUGUGAGUUUGCUGGAGACAAUGGCUUUAGGACAUUUUGAAUUUUUCAGCAUUUGAUAGGACAUUUUUCUAUAUCAAAACCAAAUCUUAAACAACCCUUUAGGACAUUUUGGAUCUCCUUUAAAUGAACCAGUCUGAAUCCAUGUCUCAACAACUUCAUGGCAAGGCACAAUCCUGUCAGAAUGAAAUCUUUUAGACACCCAUAUAUUUUGCACAAUUUGAUCAUUUUGGAACAGUUAUGUUAAAUAUUUUUUGUGGCAACCAACAAGAAAUAUGAUCAUGAUGAUUGUAAAUUAAUAAGGCAUAGAGUCACAUUUACAUUUAAAUACCAACAUUUACAUAUACAUACUGGUAUUUACAUUUAAAUACUGACAAUUACAUUUACAUACUAACAUACUAACAUUUAAAUUUACAAUCUGACAUUUACAUUUACAUACUGACAUUACAUUUACAUACUAACAUUUACAUUUACAUACUAACAUUUUCAUUUACAUACUGACAAUUACAUUUACAUACUAACAUACUAACAUUUAAAUUUACAAUCUGACAUUUACAUUUACAUA